AUGGAGGUUUUAAGAGCGAAAGUAAGGUUAUAUGAGGAGAGGAUAGAGAAGUUAGAGGAGAGAGUACAGGAGCUGGAAUUAGAAAGAAAAGAAAGAAGAGAGAUAGAAAGCGUGGAAGGCGAUAGGGAGGAGGUAAGAAGUAUAUAUAGUGUAAGAUCAAGGAAUAGCAGCGUAGGUAGUUUGAGCAGCAGAGGCAGAAUAAGCGUAUGCUGCGGCUUUAGCGAGAGCGAAGUAGGAAAAAUUAAGAAAUGGGUGAAGGAAAAGGCUAGGGAGGGAAGAAAAAACAAUAUUAUAAUGAGAGGUAUAAAAAUACCGAAAGGUGUAGAGAGGAAUGAGAAAGAGUGCAAGGAAUGGGCAGAGGCCUUAAUAAAAGAAAAGAUAGGUGUAGAUAUAGAUGGUAAAGUAGUUAACUGUAGAGAGAGCGGUAAGAUAAUUUUAAUAAAAUUAGACAAUGAGGAAGGUAAAAAAGAAAUAAUGAGAAACAAAUAUAAAUUGAAAGGGGAAAAUUUAUACAUAGAGAACAAUUUAAGUUGGGAGGAAAGGAAAGUGCAGGAAAGGAUACAUAGAUGGACAAAAGAGCAAAAAGAAAAAGGUGUAGAAGUAAAGGCAGGAACAGGUAGAUUGAGAGUUAAAGGGAUGUGGAAAAUGUGGGAGGAAAUAGAGUGGAAAUUAGAAAAAGAGGAGGAAAAAAGAAGAAUGGAAAAGAGAAGGGGGGAGGAAGAGCUGGAAAGGAACAACAAAGAAGAGAGUGAUCAGGAAUUCAAGUAA